UGAUUAGCACUUGAUGCUAAAAACAAAUGUUUUCAUUCUGUCUAAAGUGGCUUUUUUGUUUCAGCGUUAGAAGUCGGUGGACACAUAAAACUUUAUAAUAUAUAACUUAGUACUUAGCGUAUCCAAUGUUUGAAAAGUUUAAUUAGAAGCUUGAACCUGAUAAUUGAGUUUUUGAAGAGAUGGACAUUUACGCAGGAAUCAUCGGCGAUUCAACCAAACAGCAAGAAAGGCAUUACUAUCUUUUGUCUGAGCUGCAAACUUUAGUCAAAGGUCUAUCGAGCUCCUUUCAGCAGCGGCUGUCCUACAACACGCUCAGUGACCUGGCUCUGGCGCUCAUCGACGGCACUGUGUACGAGAUAGUGCAAGGCCUCCUGGAUAUCCAACAUCUGACUGAGAAGAAUCUGUACAACCAAAGACUGAAGCUGCACGCUGAACACCAAGGCCUCAAACAAGAGCUUGCGCGAAGGCACAAAGACGCUCUGCAAUCAUGCAAGUCACACAACCUUGCACUUCUUAAAUCAAACCAACAGGCAGAGUUAGAGGCACUGGAGAUUCGUGUGAAAGAGGAACAAAAGAUGAUGGACAAAAAGAUUGUUGUAGAAAUGGAUCAAAAAGUGAUUGACCAGCAGAACACUCUGGAGAAGGCGGGAGUGCCGGGGUUCUUCGUCACCACAAAUCCGCAGGAGCUUACAAUGCAGAUGAACCUACUGGAACUGAUCCUCAAGCUGCAACAGAAGGAAUCACAAGCAGGAUUACUAUGAAAACCGUGAAGAAGGAGGCCAGUUUUGAAAAAAGACACUCAAGACAGACCUACAAUGGCUGCAGCCCUUAUACUUUCUUGAAUUUGAGUGAGGUUGAACAGCUCUAUCUCCAAGACAUCGAGGAAGUAUUUAAACACCUGCUGUGAAGUUGUCUGUCAAGAAUCAAGCACAAUGUUAUCAAAGCUCUUCAUCUGAGCAGAAGCAGAACAUGACGGCUUGAAUGCUGGGUCACACAAAGUUGAAAUGAGACGUCAUGUCAGAAAUUAUUUUGCACAUUUUGAAAGACAAAAAGAGAUUAUUGUGACUUUUGUGUUGAGAUUGAACCUUUGGUUGUUAACUGUGUCCUGAGAGCAGUCAGCAGUCUUUGAGUUGAGUAGUUAGUCGUGCACAGAGGCACAGUUUUGAACGGCAGUAGUGUUCUGACACCAGAUGGUGAUUAUAGUUUUUCUUCUUCAGAAACUAGUUCGUGUGGCCACUUUUAUUUAUUGUACUGGUGUGUUAACUGUCACAAUGUUAGACAUAUUUUGUUUAGACUGUCUUUGAGUAGCUUUUAUAUGCAUUUUUGAUUAUCAUGGCCACUUAACCAUUUGUAUAUUUUAAUUUUUUUAUAUAAGUUAAAUUACCUUCUGUUGUUUUGGCCCAGAUUACGUUUUAAGGUAGUUUUGUGACAUUUAUAUGUUUAUUUUUGUAAGAUUUGAGUUUAGGUUAACAUGUACAAUCAUUUUUUCAUAAAGAUAAUACUGACUUAAAGUUUCAACUGGCAAGCAGCUCCAUGCAGCAUAAAGAAAUGGCCAAAAGAAAUUGACACGUUUGAAUAAAUGCAAAUAAAAUAGUUACUGACUUUC